AGCACUAGAAUCCGCUUCCGCUUCAUAUCGCGCUACCUUCCCUUCCGAUCGGCGAAGAAGAACAACACAGGAAAGGACAGAGUGCGUGGAAGCGUAGUUGGAUCGCGAAGAUGGCCGUUUUCCCCGGCGUGAAGGCUGCUCUCUUGACUUACGCCGCGCACGUCCUGGCGGUGCUGGCGGCGGGGGCGGUCCUCGUCUGGAGCAUCUACUUCCGCGGUGGGCUCGCCUUCGAGGCCUCCAACAAAUCCCUCAUCUUCAACAUUCACCCGGUACUUAUGUUGAUUGGGUUUAUUAUAAUUGGGAGUGAAGCUAUUAUGAGCUAUAAAACUUUGCCAUGGAGUCAUGAAGUGAACAAAACUAUCCAUUUGGUUCUCCAUGCAAUUGCUCUUGUUCUUGGCGCUGUGGGAGUUUACGCUGCCUUCAAGUUCCACAACGAAAGUGGAAUCGAUAAUUUGUACAGCUUGCAUUCCUGGAUUGGGAUUGGGACAAUCUCUUUAUAUGGCAUUCAGUGGAUUUUCGGAUUCGUGACCUUCUUCUUUCCUGGAUUGUCUCCGGCACUGAGACGUAAGUCUCUCCCAUGGCACGUACUAUUUGGUGUGUUCGUCUACGUACUGGCAAUUGCCACUGCAGAGCUAGGGUUCUUAGAGAAGCUCACGUUUCUGGAGAGCUCAGGGCUGUACAAAUAUAGCCCAGAGGCAUUCUUGGUGAAUUUUACUGCACUGGUUGUGAUAUUUCUUGGAGCCUCGGUUGUGCUGUCUGCCAUUGCUCCGGCGAACGUUGAUGCACCACAUGGAUACACUGCUGUAUCAGAGAAUUAGCCAAAAAAAACGUAUGACCUGUUACUGAAAUCUUUAUAGGAUGCAAAACCUACAUGAACAGUUGUUUUUCCAGCGUCUGUUUGAUUCAGUAAAUAAAUGCAUAUGUUCUAAAAAUAGAACGAAUUCGAAUGAUUAAAAAAAACAGUGAGGCUCUGUAAAAUUCUUCUUUAUAUAUUUUGCUUGCACAUUUGGAUAAA